AUGGGCCGAGCUCCCUGCUGUGAUAAAAUCGGGGUGAAGAAAGGUCCUUGGAAUCCUCAAGAAGAUCGGAUACUCAUUGAUUUUAUUUGCAGAAAUGGCCAUAGGAACUGGCGUGCGCUUCCUAAGCAAGCAGGGCUUUUGAGGUGCGGCAAAAGCUGUCGUCUUCGGUGGACUAAUUAUCUCAGACCAGACAUUAAACGUGGGAAUUUUAGUCCUGAAGAAGAGGAGACUAUCAUUGAGCUUCAUCAGCGUCUGGGCAACAGGUGGUCUACUAUUGCCUCACGCUUGCCUGGAAGAACAGAUAAUGAGAUAAAGAACAUCUGGAAUACCAAUUUGAAGAAGCGGCUUUUGCGAAUGGGAAUCGAUCCUGUGACACAUUUAGCUGUAUGUCAAGCAAAAUCUUCGUUUGAUUACUCCGAGCACAGUAGGGCGACAAGCCCAUUAAUAGAGAAGGACAAUUUAGCUUUAUUUAAGGAAAAUGCUUCGGUUGGUUCUCCCACCAGAUUCUCUAAUUUUCUCGAUACAUUCUAUGAUUCACAGAAUCUGUCAAGCGAAAUCCUUUCAUCUAUGAGUAGUAUAGACAAUGAGGUUAUAAGUGGGGAUUCAUCAAGUUCAAGUUUAGAUUGGCUUCAAUCCAGUUGCAUAAAUUCUUUUGAGGAACCAGUUGGAUAUACUCAACAGCCACCAGCUAUUGAAGAUGAGACAUUUCUAUUUGAAAACCAGGAUCUUGCAACUGAAAUUUGCAGAUAUGAAGUACUAUGGGAGCAAGGCUCAAAUAGCAACGCUUAG